UCUCCGCCUUUAGCUUCGAAUAGUCGUUGCCGCUGGAACACGUGCUGACAGCAGAAACAAAUUCUUGAAUAGAAUUUAGUGACAUAUUCGACAAAUCCAUUUUUUUUUUUUUCUAUUUCCAUUUUCAUUUCGAACCGCUGCCAUGCCGCCGGAAAUCGAGAUCAUAUUGGGCACCUACGAGGAGGUCUUGCUGGGCUUCAAGCUCAUCGAAUCGCCGACUGACGACUUGACCAAAUCCGUCAAGUUCCAGCUGAAGCAGACUUUUGCGGACAACUCCCAUGCAGGAGCCAUUACAUCGGUGGCCGUGCAGUGGCCUUGGGUGGCCACUGGCGGUACCGACGACAGGAUCUUUGUCUACGACAUGCGCACGCGGAAACAGUCGCAAAUCAUACUCUCGCACGCUGGCACAGUGAACACACUGGAAUUCUCGCCGGACCUGUCGCACUUGCUCUCCGGGAGCGACGAUGGCCAUAUGAUCGCCACACGCGUGGGCAGCUGGACCAAAGAAGGCGUUUGGAAGAAGGCCCAUGCCGGCCGCGUAGUCACCUACAUCAGUUGUCAUCCCAGCAGCAAGUUGGCCUUAUCUUUGGGCUGCGACCAGGUGCUGAACACCUGGAAUCUGGUCAAGGGCCGCGUCGCCUAUAAGACCAAUUUAAAGAACAAGGCUACGCUGGGUUGCCACCCGGGCUGCUUGUCGUGGUCCAAGCAGGGCGAUCACUUCACACUGAGCGGUCCAUUGACUCUGGAGAUCUGGGGCAUCGAGGGCGCCAAUGUUAUUCGUCGCAUUGAUAUGCCGGCGAAGCCCAUUUGCGUCACCUGGCUGGAUGGAAACGAGUGUCUGACUGGCCUGGACAACGGCAGCAUUGUCUGGAUUUCCCUUAAGGACAAGGAUGAUACACCACCCACCUUCAUUCCUGUACACAAUGAAAGGGUCAAGGCCAUCGCCUAUCUGAACGAAUUACUGGCCACCGUCUCCAGCGCUGGUGAAAUCAAAGUCUGGAAGAUCGACAUGGAAACGCGCAAGCUGGAGGAGAUUGCCAGCACCAUCGUUGACUUCCGACCCACCGCCAUGGGCCUGCUGGAUCUCUGCGAGUUCGGCAAUGACCAACCGGUGGAACAAGGCAUCAAAGUGGAGAAGAAACCAAUGGCGAAUGUGGAGACUGGCCAAAGCGCCAAACCGGCGGCACCCCGCGGAUUCGUGACCAUCGAGUACGAUCAGGAUAAGGAGCUGGAUGCCGAGGAGAAGGAUGGGAAGGAGAAGCAGAACAAGAUACAGGCAAAGAAGGCGCCGCAGAAAGCCGAGGAAUCCUCCCAAGAAAGCAUCUCAUCGGAAGACAAGGAGAGCGACGACUUCUCCGACAGCGACAGCGACUGCGAUGUCUCCAGUGAUCACGGCGACUUUGAGAGGAAGCCAACGAAGCGCAAGCAGCAACCUACCCCAGCCUCCAAGGGGAAGGCAAAGCAGCAGAAAAAGAAGUAAUCUUUAGCAGCUUACGUUAUGACUAUCAAUAACUAUUGAGUUAAUCUAGAGAUAUAGCUAGAAAAAAAAGAACAUGGAUGAACUGUCGAUUAGACUGGGAUGAAUAGAAAUAUGAAUA